UUCAAUUCUCGGAAUUCAGAAUCAGACAUGGAAGAACCCGUUAAGGAACAUCCCUCUGCUGCUUCUGCUUCUGCCUCUGGGAACACUGCCAGGCCAAGGCUUCAGAAGUAUGCGCUUCGCUCUGCCACUAAAUCAAAGGAAGAGAAAUCAGAUACACCCGAUUGCUCAAAUCCUUCUGAAACCAAAAGGGGGAGAGGUGCUUCAAGUGUAAGUAAAAGUGUGAGUGUUCUUGACUUUUCUGGCAAGGACAAGUCAGGUAGUGCCAAACCACCGAGAAGGCUUUCAAUUCCUGCCAAAGCGCCUGCCACUUCAGGACCCAAGCUGGGUGGCAACAUUACCCCAAUCUCUGAGACUAGAACAGGGAAGAGUGCUAUUGGUCAAGGCAGAAGCAAAACACCCAUUUCUGAUAUUUCCAAGACAUCUGCCCGAAUAAAGUUAAAUCUUCUAACUUCGGCUUCAUAUUGGCUAAACCAGAUCAAGCUCUCUGAAUCCGCUGCCAAACACUCAAUUUCAUUUGGUUUCUUCAAACUGGCUUUAGAGGCAGGAUGUGAGCCUCUCGGGUCAAUGCAAGAAGGGCUAAAAUCUUAUGUGAGCAGACAUCAGCUUGAUGAUGAGCUUGGAGAAACUGUGAAAGAAUUGUUUGAGAGGUAUGGUAUCUCAGGAAACACAGAGCAGUUGCAGGUCUCUGAAACUAUUUCACAGGCGGCGGAAGAGGGAACUUUAUCUUCUGAUGAUGACGUGCGUAGCUCUUCUACCAUGGGGACAAGAAAAUUGAAACCCAAGUGCUUAAACAUUGAUUCUAGCUCUACUGAACUCACUCCUGCAACUGAGUCAACCAAGAAGGAAACUAGUCAAAAGAGUAACCCUGGAUCCAGGUUGAGAGGAAAUUUCAGCACCAAAACCACAACUCCAAGACCUUCUCUAGACAGUGGGAAUCGUAGGUCAGUUAGAAAAUCUGAGAAGCCAAGUAGGCAAGAGCCUAUUAAGGGCAUGGGCAAGAGGGAGGGAAGGAAAUCUGAUGUUAAAGAAGUUACUGCUGCCACAGCAAAGGGAAACAAAGAAAAUAUGGACGCUCACACCACUGAAGAUAUCAGUGUGACAGGAGUCAUGUAAACAAUCCAAUUGAGCUUUGCAUCUUUGAAUUUUUGUGGUUCCCAACUUGAAAUCUGUCUUGGGUGUUCUCUAUGUGUAGCGUGUUUUUUUGUAUAGACUGCAUUUCUUUUCGUUUGGUCAGUUGGCAUAUUUUGUGUUUUUGUCCUGUUAUUAUACAGUUGC